AUGGAUAAGACAUGGAUUUCGCUGCCAAGGAAUAGCAUCGAGUACUUAGAAGGAGCAACGAAAUUCGCCAAUUCAUCAGCAAGAAGAUUGGGCAAUCUGUCUGAAAUGCUAUGCCCAUGUAGAGAUUGCCGCAAUGUAUGCCAUCAGUCUAUAGAUAAAAUUGUUGAGCAUCUAGUGAUAAGGGGUAUGGAUAAGAAGUAUAAAACUUCUUGUUGGAGUAUUGAUGGUGAAAAAAGAGCAUCUACGGAAGACAGUGGUCCUCAACAUGAAACAGAGGCAUUUGACUUGUUUAAGACAGCAUUCUCUAUGGGUGAAGGUGAACCAAAUCAGAGGAAUGAUGAUGAAGCAUUAGAGGCAAACGACGGUGAAGCAGCAGAGGAAUCUGAGUUUAGGAAAAAGUUAAGAGAAGCUGAAACUCCAUUGUACUCUGAUUGUAUCAAAUACACAAAGGUUUCAGCAAUUAUGGGACUUUACAGAUUCAAGGUUAAGAGUGGUGUGUCAGAGAACUACUUUGAUCAGCUGUUGGAUUUAAUUCAGGACAUGCUACCUGAAGACAAUGUACUUCCGAAGAGUUUAGCUGCAAUAAAAAAAUUUCUGAAGAUAUUUGGUUUCGGAUACGAAAAUAUUCAUGCUUGCAAGAAUGAUUGCAUACUAUAUAGGAAGGAGUUUGAGAAGUUAGAUAGCUGUCCAAGAUGCAAAGUUUCAAGAUGGGAGAAGGAUAAGCACAGUAAUGAGAUAAAGGUUGGGAUUCCAGCAAAGGUCCUUAGAUAUUUUCCAAUCAAGGACAGAUUUAGGAGGAUGUUUAGAUCAAAAAAGAUGGCUGAAGAUUUGCGGUGGCACUAUACCAAUGGCACUGAAGAUGGUACAAUGCGACACCCCGUUGAUUCUAUAUCAUGGGCACAAGUGAAUGCUACAUGGCCAGACUUUGCUGCUGAACCAAGGAAUCUUCGAAUUGGAAUUUCUACAGAUGGGGUGAACCCUUUCGGUAUGCAAAACACCAAUCACAGCACAUGGCCAGUGUUGUUGGUGAACUAUAACACGCCUCCGACUAUGUGUAUGAAGGCUGAAAAUAUAAUGUUGACUUUGUUGAUCCCUGGUCCAACAGCUCCUGGGAAUAACAUAGAUGUUUACUUGGCACCACUGAUAGACGAUUUAAAAGAUUUGUGGGCUGAGGGUAUUGAAGUCUAUGACUCAUUUGCGAAGGAGAAUUUCAUGCUUAGAGCCAUGCUGCUUUGGAGUAUCAGUGACUAUCCAGCCUUAGGAACAUUGUCUGGAUGUAAAGUGAAGGGGAAACAAGCCUGCAAUGUAUGUGGAAAAGAUACACCUUCCAGAUGGCUUAAGUUUAGCCGUAAGUUUGUCUAUAUGGGGAAUAGAAAGAGACUACCGCCUGGCCAUCGUUACAGAUAUAAAAAAGCUUGGUUUGACAACACUGUUGAGGAAGGGAAUGCCAAAAGGAUACAAACUGGCGCUGAAAUAUAUGAGACACUACAGGAUUUGCCUGUUCGUCAUAAUAUUGAUGUUAUGCACGUAGAAAAAAAUGUGUCAGAUGCUAUAUUGUCUAUCUUGAUGCAAAGUGCUAAGUCCAAAGAUGGUUUGAAAGCAAGAAAAGACUUAGAAGAUAUUGGAAUCAGAAAUCACUUGCAUACAGAGGUCAGGGGAAAGAAAACAUACUUACCUCCAGCAGCCUACUGGUUAUCCAAGAAAGAAAAGACCAUUUUCUGCCAAAGGUUAUCUAAGUUUAGAGGUCCUGAUGGUUAUUGUGGUAAUAUUGCGAAUAGUGUUUCAGUUAACCCUCCAAAUAUAGGUAGUUUAAAGUCGCAUGAUCAUCAUGUCCUAGUACAGAACUUGUUACCAGCUGCAUUACGAGGGUUGUUACAUAAGGGUCCUAGGAUUGCCAUUAAUAGAUUAUGCAGUUACUUCAACAGGUUGUGUCAACGCAUCAUCGACCCGGAGAAACUAAUGACAAUGGAGACAGAGUUUGUGGAAACAAUGUGUCAACUGGAGCGCUUCUUCCCUCCAUCCCUUUUUGAUAUUAUGUUCCACCUUCCAAUUCAUCUAUCAAAAGAGGCACGUUUGGGAGGACCAGUACACUUCCGCUGGAUGUAUCCCUUCGAAAGGUACAUGAAAAUACUUAAGGGUUUUGUUAAGAAUCAUGCAAGGCCAGAAGCAUGUAUGGCGGAGGGGUAUUUAGCUGGAGAAUGUGUUGCAUUUUGUUUAGAGUUCCUUAAAGAAUCAGUACCAGUUCAAGAAACUGUUAAUCGCAAUGAAGAUAUUGAGACUGAUAGAAGCAUGGUUGAAGGUCGACCUCUGCAUAAGGGUAUAGAAGUUACCCUAUCAGAUAAAGAUAGAGACACUGCACAUCGCUAUGUGCUAAUGAACAUGGCAUCUUUGGAUCCUUAUAUUGAGAUGCAUUUGGAAGAAUUACAAGCUAAUGAUGCUCGAUGUGCUAAAAAUGAAACUUUGUUAUGGAAAAAACAUACUGAGCAGUUUGCACAAUGGCUUAAAAUAAAGGUUCAUUCAGACUCAACAAAUAGUCAUUCUAAGGAGAUAAGGUGGUUGGCAUUUGGACCAAGAAAUGUUGCUUUAGCACAUAAAGGAUUUAUCGUUAAUGGGCAACAGUUUCACACAGAUGUGGUUAAGCGGAAGACACAAAACAGUGGAGUAACUUAUGAAGCAUUUAGCAUGUGUAGAUCAAGUGCUCGAGAUAUGAGGCAAGUGGCUGAUAUGCUUACAUAUUAUGGAGUGAUAAAAGAGAUUUUACUUAUGGACUAUCACAUGUUCAAAGUGCCGCUGUUUAGAUGCAAUUGGGCCAACACAGGGAAUGGUGUGAAGGAGGAAGAUGGUUUCACUCUUGUCAACCUUCAUUUGAACCAAACAGCCUAUUUGAAAGAUCCAUUCAUUCUACCUUCUCAAGCAAAACAGGUUUUCUAUUCUAGGGAAGAUGAUAAUUCAAAUUGGUAUGUUGUUAUGAGAGCACCACCAAGAGGCUAUCAUGAGUUGGAAACAGAAGAGGAUUUAGGUGUUGCACCUUUGCCUGUCCAAGAAGUCGAUGAUUUGGAUGAUGAAGCUUGUGAUGAUGAUAGUGUUUAUGUUAGGGAUGAUUGUGAAGGCUUGUUAGUGGUAGAUUGA